AUGUCUACAAGUCCGGACACCAAAGCCCAGGUCAACCCUCCGAAACCUGCAGCAAAUGAGAAACGCUCAGUACAAAAUGAAACCGCCCCAGCUGCUUCUGAAGAAGAGGCUCGUCCCGAAGAGCAAGAGCAAGAUUUCCCCGAAGGUGGCCUGAGAGCAUGGCUGGUUGUGCUCGGUUGCUGGCUCGCCUGCUUCGGCUCGCUGGGACUGGCAAGCUCAAUGGCCACGAUACAUGCGUAUGUCAGCAGACACCAGCUCGCAGGUCGCGAUGAGGGAUCCAUCGGCUGGAUUUUCUCCAUCUGGGCGUUUCUCUCCUUCUUCUGCGGCAUCUACGUCGGCCCCAUCUUCGACAAAUACGGACCGAAAUGGCUGAUUGCUGCGGGAGGAGCAUGUGUCGUCGCCUCACUAAUGCUGCUGAGUAUCUGCACUGAAUAUUGGAGUUUUGUGUUGGUUUUUGGAGUUCUGAAUGGCAUCGGAGGGGCGCUACUCUACACCCCUUCAUACGCUACUGUUGGCCACUGGUUUAAGCAGCGUCGAGGUCUGGCGACGGGAAUUGCAUCCACGGGCAGCUCGUUCGGCGGUAUGGUGUAUCCCAUCAUCCUCCGUGUUCUCUUUGAGCAGGCCGGCUGGAGAUGGGGCAUGUGGGCACUGGGCCUCAUCAACAUCUUCUGUUGCGUUUGCGCAUUCUUCUUCGUCCGUACACGAUUAUCGUCGACUGGGGGCAUGAGCCUGCACCCCGACCCCAAGAUAUUCCGAGACGCUGCAUUCAGCUUGGCAACAUUGGGACUCUUUCUGAUGGAGUUCGCAAUAUUCAUUCCUUUGACGUACGUUUCGAGCUACGCCCUCAGCAAAGGGUUCGGCCUCGGUUUCUCCUAUCAAAUCCCAACCAUUCUAAAUGCAGCGAGUGUCUGCGGCAGGAUUCUGUCAGGGUGGUGGGGUGAUCGGUUCGGGGCCUUCAACUCGCACAUGCUUGCUUCCAUAUUGUGCUGCGUAUCUUGCCUGGCCAUCUGGCUUCCAGCAGGAUCCUCCCUUGCCGGCCUGGUGGUCUUCGUUAUCAUGUUUGGAUUUGGCAGCGGGAGCCAUAUGAGCAUCAAUCCUGUGUGCAUCGGAAAGCUGUGUGGUAUAAAGAACUAUGGCCGGUACUAUGCCACCUCGUGCACUGUGGCGUCGUUCGCUGGCCUCAUUGGAGUGCCGCUGGGGGGACAGUUGAUUUCAGCGGCAGGUGGUGACUAUUGGUCUGCUGUUGUAUUUUCCGGAUGCUUGUAUGGGGCAUGUGGUGUGGCGAUGUACGCGGCGAAGGGGAUGUGUGUUGGUUGGAAGCCGUGGGUGCUAUUUUGA